AACAAGAAGACCACAGCACCAUAACCAUGGGAAAACAAGCGGUGACUGAGAACAACGACCUCAACACUAGCACCAACCCAACUCAAACCCAUGCCUUCAAGCUUGUUGGUUUCAACAACUUCGUCCGCACCAACCCUCGCUCCGAUCUCUUCCGAGUCAAAAACUUCCACCACGUCGAGUUCUGGUGCGGCGACGCCACCAACACCUCUCGCCGCUUCUCUUGGGGCCUUGGCAUGCCCAUCGUCGCCAAGUCUGACCUCUCCACAGGAAACCAAUCCCACGCCUCUUAUCUCCUCCGCUCCGGUCACCUCAACUUCCUCUUCACCGCCCCGUAUUCCCCCUCCAUUUCCAUCUCCACCACCGCCGCCACCUUCACCUCCGCCAUCCCCACCUACUCUCACUCGGUGUUUCAUUCUUUCGCCGCCUCCCACGGCCUCGCCGUCCGUUCAAUCGCCGUCGAAGUCGAAGACGCCGAUUUGGCCUUCUCCGUUAGCGUUUCCCAUGGAGCAAAACCCUCCUCCCCUCCCAUCCUUCUCGAUAGCCGUGUUGUGUUGGCUGAGGUCCAACUCUAUGGCGACGUCGUUUUGCGUUACGUUAGCUACAAGGACCAAUCAAACCUUCCAAACUCAGACCACCAACACCCUAGUUCUUGGUUUUUGCCGGGUUUCGAACCCAUUGACCAAACGUCGUCGUACCCAGACUUGGAUUUCGGGAUUCGCCGGCUCGACCAUGCCGUCGGGAACGUGCCGGCACUUGCUCCGGUGGUCGAGUACAUCAAAAGGUUUACUGGGUUUCAUGAGUUUGCGGAGUUCACAGCCGAGGACGUGGGUACUAGUGAGAGUGGAUUGAAUUCAGUGGUGUUGGCGAGUAAUGAUGAGAUGGUUUUGUUACCAUUGAAUGAACCAGUGUAUGGGACGAAGAGGAAGAGUCAAAUUCAGACUUAUUUGGAGCACAAUGAAGGUCCAGGACUGCAGCAUUUGGCAUUGGUGAGUGAGGACAUAUUUAGGACUUUGAGGGAGAUGAGAAAGAGGAGUGGAGUUGGUGGGUUUGAGUUUAUGCCGUCGCCGCCACCCACAUAUUAUCGGAAUUUGAAGAACAGGGCUGGGGAUGUGCUAACAGACGAGCAGAUUAAGGAGUGUGAGGAGUUGGGGAUUUUGGUGGACAGGGAUGAUCAGGGGACAUUGCUUCAGAUUUUCACCAAGCCUAUAGGAGAUAGGUAUGUUUUUACUUAACCAUCUUACAUGCUUGCUUAUAGCAAUUGUUAACUUUUUUAUCUUUCUGAUUUCUUCUGGCAAUGACCAAUGAUGGAUGGAUCUAUGGGCUGGAUGGGGGCGACCGCUGCCUCUUGGUUUGAAUAAUUCCUUAGUUUGACGUGAUAAGAUUUUUUCUAUUUUUCUAAAUGGUCCCCUGAAAAACUGUUGAAAGAAUUCGUCUCCCUAAACCCAAAUUCUGGAUCUGUCCCGAGUAAUGAGUUUUUGUUAUGCAGAGAUGAAUAUUUGGGUUUGGAAAAUAAUUAAAUCAAACCAAACCAAGCCUUGUAUAGGUCGGCGUAUGGGUUGGCUAUAUGAGUCCAUUUUCGUUAUUCAUUUGGGUGAUGUGUUAUAGGCCCAUUUAAAUUGAAUAUUUCUAUAUCUACUUUUAGUACAAUAUCAUGAGAAAUACAGGCCAUCGUCGUUGGAAUCCGGCUUUAGUCUUUAGAUAAUACCCAAAAAUUAAUGUCUGUGUUUGGCAGUGUUAGUUAAAUGUAGUCAUUAAGAACAUACAGAGGUCGUUGAAAUCUGUCUUUGAUGGAAAACGAAAAUCAGUCUAUGGCUUUAAAUUGAAACAAAAAAUUGGGUGCUGAUAACGUUAUGGCCUGUUUGGUCGAAUUGCGGCUGUCCCGUAAUAAUCUAGAAACAUAAAUGAGAGUACCCAUGAAAUGUGAACACUGUCAACAAAGAACUCCCUAGUGAGACCUGUGUAUACUUAGAUGCAUUUUUCAUUGGUAUCCUAAUUCUUUCUUGUUAUUUAAACUAAGCCUGCGCCCACUUUAGUGAGAACACUAUGUCAUAGUUUCUCAAUUUGGUAUGUAAUGUCAAUGCUUAGGCCAAAAUCAAAGAAAAUAACAAAGCUAAAUUCAGGAUAUUUGUUUUUUAUCAUACAUUUUUUUCAUCUUUGUUUUCUGCAAAUUUCUUGUUAUUUUGGAAGCAUUGACUGUCGCAUUAGUCUGAAUGUCUUUAAUUGCUUUAAGCUUGUAACAUGAAAAAUUUUACUUGUAAAUUGGAACUAAAUUUAAUCAUGUACAGGAUUCCUAAUCUACAUUUGUUAGUAUUAAGAUAUAAGCCAGCACAGCACAUAAGAAAUUUGAGGUGCAAGAACAAAUAACAAGCUUCCAAAAUUUUUAUUAUGUAUGCACUGAUAUUUCAUAAUAAGAUAUAUAUUCUUGUGCAUUUAACCUUUAUUAUGCCAUUACUGUGGUGUUUCUCGAGACUUAUGGCCCCAAGCUUAUACUAGAAUUUAUCAGUAUAUGGCCUCCAUAGAAACGAAAAUUGAGCAUUAAGGGAGGAGGAGCUAUAAGGGGUAUAACCCCAUGCAAUGAGCCAGCAAACACCAGACAUUCUGAUCCAAAGGCCGUAUUUAGGAAGUAGUACCCCUUUAAUAAUGAAUUGUACGAGGCACUGGUGUACAACAACCACAAGUACAACAAAAGAUCUUUGAGGUCCUACUUUGCCUUUCUAAGCCAAAAAGAAAGCUGCAAGGUGUCUCAGAAGUUAUCCAUUCAGCAUUUUGUGUUCGAGCUUAAUGUACAUUGAUCUAAGAUUUCCUUUGAGGAGUUACCAGAGUGAUGUAAUCAUUCCCAAAAACCCUAUUUUUUUUAUUUUAUUUUUAUCACCCCAAAGACCUUGUUAUUUCUCUCCUUUCAAGUAUUCUACACUGCUGAUGAGAAUCCCAGACAUAAGAUUUUUACAACGUCAUCUCUGCCAACUAAUGACAUACUCGUGCAUGAGAAAGAUUCAUAUGCAUUCAGUAGAUGAACUAUCAUAGAACAAGUGUUGAUGGGACGCUAUGAUUGUUUUACGGAAAAGAUGAGUGCUUUGUUGAUUUACACAACCACUAGAUCUAAAGCUCAGUCUAUUAAUUGAUUUGUUGAAGAUAACUACUUUACAACAGUGGCAUGCUCCCCAAAUUUGAUGAAGAUAGACCGUAGAAUACUCAACUUGAUCUCUCCAUGAGAUCAGCAAAAUCUGUUGCACUUGGCCACUUUCAAUAAUUCCCCUUUAACAAAAGAGUAAUACUAUUUGGACCUAAAAAUCUGAUAUAAUUUACUGACAUAAUGAUGUGAUUUUAUAGGAAUUAUUGAAUUAACGUCAACUUCCAAUAUUUGAUGGGAGUCUAUAGUGAAUUCAAAGAUCUAAGUGAAUUAGGUCAGUAAAUUAGGUCUCAAUAACAUUGCUCUUAACGAAAUAGCUAUGACAUUCCUGAGUAAACUUGAAUCAUGAAAUGAUAUGUUGUUCUAAUCAGUGAUGAAUGGAACUCGUAGAUGCAAGGUUGAUAUUCCACUCCCUACAUUUUGAGGAAACAACCAGGAGUCUCUUAGUUUUUAAGAUCUUCCUCUCGGUGAAGAGAAAACAUUAGGUGGCUUUAUAUCCCCAAAACUCUUGCUUUUAGGCUGAGAUCUACAACAUUCUAACCAAAUUGAGUUUUUCCAUUCUGAGAACAAGAGCUACACGUAUCUAGUCACUAAAGCUCUAGUCCUCUCAACCAGGUUUUUGACAUCUUGUUCCUCAUUGGGAUCCCAUAUCACUUUAUUGCCAGUGGUAUUAAAGUCACGACCUUGUCAAUGAAUUUCGAGAGGAUUUGCAGUAAUUAGAGGGAACACCAAGGUGAUGAUAAUUAGAGAUGCUUUUGUAAAUGCUCAGUUAUAAGUUACCUUUCACCUUCUUGGAGACUUAUAAUGGACGGAUUGCUCUUUCAAAUGUUUGAUUUUAGGAUGAAUAUCAUUUGAAACUUAUUAAGUGCUCUCUUAAGUGAGGGAAGAGACUAAAUGCCAGCAUGGCAAUAGUGUAGUCUAGUCAUAACUAAAGUAUAUUUGAGCUAGCUUGGCCGUAUCAAACUUUGGGUGAUACCUAAAUGUUGAACUACCAAUUUGUCAGUAUUAAGGAGGAGAGUCAAACCUUACCUACUCAACUCAAAAUGUAACGGGAAACGAGAUUCUCUCCCCCCCCC